AUGAAGACCGUUGAAAGUUUACGUGGGAACAUGUUCUCGUGUUUGCUACUAUUGUCGUACAUUUUGUGUUUGGUGUCGUGCGAAGAGAAGAAAGAAGAUUACGGAACUGUUAUUGGAAUCGAUUUAGGCACUACAUAUUCUUGUGUUGGUGUAUUUCAAGGAGGCCGAGUUGAGAUUAUUGCGAAUGAUCAGGGUAACAGGAUUACUCCCUCAUACGUAGCAUUCACUCCGGAAGGAGAGCGAUUAAUUGGGGAUGCUGCUAAAAACCAGCUGACAUCAAAUCCAGAAAACACAAUUUUCGACGUCAAGAGACUUAUUGGAAGGAAGUUCGAUGAAUCAGCUGUACAAAAUGACAUAAGUCAUUACCCUUUUUCCGUUGUUAAUAAAAAGAACAAACCAUAUAUCGAAGUUCACGUUGGAUCAGAAGUCAAGACGUUUGCCCCAGAGGAGAUCUCUGCUAUGGUGUUAGGGAAGAUGAAAGAGUUUGCUGAAUCCUAUCUUGGCAAAAAGGUUACCCACGCAGUAGUCACUGUCCCAGCCUAUUUUAACGAUGCACAGCGCCAGGCAACCAAGGAUGCUGGCACAAUUGCUGGUUUGAAUAUACUCCGGAUCAUUAAUGAACCAACUGCUGCUGCGAUUGCUUACGGUCUAGAUAAGAAAGAUGGUGAGAAGAAUAUUCUGAUAUUUGAUCUUGGAGGUGGUACUUUCGACGUUUCACUACUUACAAUUGAGAACGGUGUGUUCGAAGUAGUUGCUACAAAUGGUGACACACAUCUUGGUGGAGAGGACUUCGACCAACGUGUUGUUGAUCAUUUCGCAAAGCUAUUUCUGAAAAAGAAAGGCAAAGAUAUUAUGACCAAUAAACGUGCAGUACAAAAACUGAGACGGGAAGUUGAAAAAGCCAAAAGAACUCUAAGUACAUACCCAUCUUUUACAUUAACAAUUGAGUCCCUUAUUGAUGGAGUUAAUCCGGAUGAAGCAGUUGCGUACGGUGCAGCUGUUCAGGGUGGCGUUAUUGGUGGUGUAGAAAACACUGGUGGCGUUGUGCUUUUAGAUGUAUGCCCAUUGACUUUGGGUAUUGAAACGGUCGGUGGUGUCAUGACGAAACUUAUUCCAAGAAAUACAGUUAUCCCAACCAAGAAGUCGCAGAUAUUUUCUACAGCUGCUGACAACCAGCCGACUGUCACGAUACAAGUUUUUGAGGGUGAACGGGCUAUGACAAAGUUCAAUCAUUUUCUUGGCAAGUUUGACCUGACAGGUAUUCCCCCGGCACUGCGUGGUGUUCCACAAAUUGAGGUGACAUUCGAGAUUGACGUUAACGGCAUACUGAGAGUUUCCGCAGAAGAUAAAGGAACCGGUAGUAAAAACAAAAUAGAAAUCAAUAAAGACCAACAUCGCUUAGAUGCAGAAGAAAUCGAAAAAAUGAUUAAUGAUGCAGAACAGUUUGCAGCUUCAGAUAAGAAGUUAAAAGAGCGUGUUGAUGCCAGAAAUGAGUUCGAAAGUUCUGUUUAUACUCUCAAAUCUCAGAUUUCAGACAAAGGCCAACUUGGGGAAAAACUUAGUGUUGAUGACAAGAAGAAAAUCGAGAAGGCUAUUGAGGAAGCUAUUUCAUAUUUAGACGGCAAUCCCCAAGCUGAGGCUGAAGAAUUGAAACAGAAAAAGAAAGCAUUCGAUGACAUUGUCCAGCCUAUAAUCUCCUCAUUAUACCAGCAGUCAGGAGCUCCUCCUCCAGCCCAGCCUGAUAUGGAAAGAGAUGAACUGUAA